AUGGCAGAUCUCGAGGCUGCCCUUGGUACAUCGGCCAUGGCCCGGCUUGCGGCGCUGCUUGCGCGGGCCGAGGACGGCGAUGCCAACAACGACGACGAGGGCGCGAGCAGCGGGCGGGCCGGGCGCGGGCAGCGCGCCAGUGGCAAAAAACCGCACCAGCGUGUCACCAAGCGAUGCCUGCCGGCGGUCAUUUCGACGGCACAGACGCUGCCGGACGGGACGAUGCUCAUGCGACGAGUUGUGGAGCGAUUUUCCCGGCCGCCGCUCUCGCCGCGAAUCCAGGCCAUUGUUGAUAGAGCGUCGGCGGCCAACGCCGCGGCGUUGGGUGCGAGCGGAGCAGCGAAAGCCUCGCCCCACCAGGCUUGCGGCCGCGAGGUACCGCAAACUCAAGGCAGCAGAGGCAGGAGCUCGUCAAGCAAGUCGACGCGACCACGUCCCUCGGGCCGGGUGGCGUCCGAAGCCAUCGGGGCCAUGACGGUGGACGAGGCAUGCGAGCGAAUGGACGAGAUUGAGGCACUGCUGCACAAUCUCCCCGAGUCGCUGCAAAUCCAGGUACGGCAGCAGUACAGUGUGCUGCGCCAGGUCAACCCGGCGCACUCUUUGUACAUGUGCCCUGCGUGCCCGUACGGGACGGCCAAGGCAACCAACAUCAAGCGGCACCGACAGUCGUUUAACCACUUUGGCGCCGAGGCCGGUAUUUCUCCCAUCCAGCUGAUUAAGGUCAAGCUGCCGCCGAUCCAUGUGCGCGGGGAGGCGCGGGCCGCGCAGGUGAAGGCGGCGCUGGCAAAGCAGGCGCGCAAGCUCAAGGCAAUGGCAGCAGGGCGGUAUGCGUAGCAAGAGUCCGAUGUUCAUUCCGAGGCGGGCAGAGACGACUGCAGCCCAGGGUCACCAAUCGUCGAGGUAGAUGCACUUUGCGGGCGAGAUGAUGCCGUCUUCGUGACAGUCGCCAAAGACCGGACAGUGGCCACAAGGCGUGUGCGUAAAGCCAUUGUACGUCG